GUCCCCAACUAAAUACCAUUUUUGGCUUUGUGCUAUCAUGCGAUUAUGUGGAGUCCGGGCACGCCAUCUGCCGCAUCGCGCGCAUCACGCUCUCGCGCCCUCGCACCUUUUUCACCCGUUCGCCCCCGGCUGUGCUUUUACCAUGUCGGCCCAAUUAAGACAGAUAAGUAGCACUCUAAUUAAUCAACCAAACUCGCAGAAUUCAGAGAAUGAGAAGAGGUCAACCUUUACGCCCCUAAUUAUUUCGCGCAUAAGCACUUUGGUAAUUUCAGUCGCAAUCUGUGCUGCGAUACUGUACUCUAUUCGGCUCUCUUGUGUACCAUAACUCGAGCCGAACCGCUCACCUACUUCCCCCUAAGCCAUUCGUCAAAGACUCCACAGGCGAAUCACAAAGUGGCGGGC